UCAUUUGGAGCAUACCUGUAGAAUAUGGAAGAUAAUGAAAAAUUGUUUAAGUGGUGUCCAAAUUUUACUCUUGAGGAAUUCUGACUGUCAAUAUUGCCAGAAUAAUUAAAAUGACCAAGACUAACGAAUAAAAAGUAAUCAAGUGAUCGAAAUCACUAUGACUUUCGACUUUAUUCAAUCGAUCAUUGUUCUGCAUGCAGGCAUGAACGCGUUAAAACAUUAUGAGCGAUUCAUGUUUCCUCGAAUACGCUAUAUAUAUUUGCCUAUAAUUAUGUAAUUUUAUAUUGAUUAUUUAGACUUUUUUUAACCAAGACCAGCAUUUGGUGCGGUUAAUGCGUCUCUUCUCUAUUUCUUGCCACGUAUUCUAACGUGUCCCUUGAUCUCUACCAGUGCACCACUGUGCGCUACAGUGCUCUCCAUAGAUCGUAUUCCAAUUGAAGUCCAAACCCAUCAAAUUUUUAUAUAAGCAAUUUCUCUUCCUCUAAAAACGAACAUUUAACUUUCAAGAUGAAUCGUUUUAUGAAAGUUCUCAAGAGUAAGGAAACUCGUGAUUAUUUUAUGAGCACGCACUUUUGGGGACCCAUUGCUAAUUGGGCGAUACCAAUUGCUGCCAUCGCUGAUAUCCAAAGGGAUCCCAAGUACAUUAGUGGUAAAAUGACCUUUGCCUUAUGCUUAUAUUCAGCAAUGUUCAUGAGAUUUGCAAUCAAGGUGCAACCACGCAACAUGCUUUUAUUUGCCUGCCACUUUGUUAAUGAAGGUGCACAAAUUACGCAAGGUUGUAGAUUUAUUAAGCAUCAUUAUCUUAGUAAGAAGGAACAAUAAGUCGAAAGAUAUACAUGAUAUUAACUUUAAGAUAAUAGGAAUUUGUAUUAAUAUAUAU